AUGGAGAUUGCAUAUCGCACUCGAUUAACGACAACUUUGGAUGUUACACGCUUUCUUUUGAAACAAGGUUUGCCUUUCCGUGGACAUGACGAGUCAUUGAGUUCCUCAAAUAAAGUCAAAGAGCAAAUGGGAGUUGUUUUAAGAUACGUGAACAAACAUGGAUGUGUUAUUGAAAGAUUUCUUGCUAUUGUACAUGUGUCUGAUACUUCUGCUAUUUCUUUGAAGAAGGCAAUUGAUGAAUUGUUUGCAAAACAUAAGUUGUCAUUAUCAAGAUUGAGAGGUCAAGGAUAUGACGGAGCUUCAAAUAUGCGAGGUGAGUAUAAUGGAUUGAAGGCUCUCAUAUUGAAGGAAAAUUCAUCUGCAAGGUAUGUCCAUUGUUUUGCUCACCAACUUCAACUAGUUGUUGUUGCAGUUGCUAAAAGCAAUCGAAUUGUGAGUGAUUUCUUCCAAUAUGUUACUAUGAUUGUGAAUAUUACUGGAGCUUCAUGCAAAAGAAAAGAUAAGUUUAGACAACUUGAACAUGAUAAACUUGUAGAAUGUUUGGAGAAAGGAGAUAUUGUUAGUGUGCUUGAAAAUGUGUAUGAUGAUGGCACUAAUGAUGAUAAUAAUGGUAUCGCCGCCAAUUUGAUUGAUAAGAUGGAGAGUUAUGAAUUUGUGUUUGUGAUGCAUUUGAUGAAAUCUUUAUUAGGAAUCACAAAUGAAUUGUCGCUUGCCUUACAACCAAAGGAUCAAAACAUUGUUCUUGAUAUGAUGGUUCAAGAGAUGAAUAAUCGGUUUUCAGAAUCAAGUACGGAGGUACUUACUUGCAUUGCUUGCUUAGAUCCAAAGGACUCUUUUUCUCAAUUUAAUAUUGGUAAGCUACUCCGCCUUGUUGAACUUUAUCCGGAGGACUUUUCAUUGACUGAUCGUGUAAUACUUGAGGACCAACUUGAGACUUACAUUCAAAAUGUGCGAGGAGAAUUUUCUAUGAUUGAAGAUUUGGGAAGUCUUGCUAAAAAGAUGGUUGAAACGGGCAAGAAUACAUUUUUUUCAUUGGUUUAUCGUUUGAUCGAAUUAGCAUUGGUUUUACCAGUUGCAACUGCUUUUGUUGAAAAGGUUUUUUCUGCUAUAAAAAUUAUCAAGACUGAUUUGCGUAAUAGGAUGGGGGAUGAAUGGAUGAAUGACAGUUUGGUAGUAUACAUCGAGAAGGAUAUUUUUGCCACAAUUGAAAAUGAACAAAUUUUACAACAUUUUCAACAGAUGAACACUCAUAGGAUACAGUUGCCUCCUCUUGUUUGUAUGUUCGGAUAUGGUACUAGUUUAAGUAUCAAAAAAUAA